AUGAUAUUUGAAAAGAAAGUAGGUUUGAAUGAAUAUGCAGACGGAAUGGAUCACGUUGAGUGGAACCCAGAGAUCACUGUGGUAUUCGGAUGGCACACCAAUUUCAUUGAACCAAUCAGCAACUUGAAGGCCAUUCCUGAUUAUCACUCCAAAGCCAAAAACUGGAAGCAGAAUAAAGGAGUUGCUUUUAAAAUAAAUACUAAACCAUUUAAUGUACUUGACCUGAUGCAACUUCAAAUGCACUCUUAG